AAUGCAUACUGUAUUAUUUUUGUUGUUAUUAAUUUCUUAUACUUAUGGUUAUGGUCGCCAUAUGCCCGACUAUAUUAAGCCUUGUUCUAAGAGCAAUAUCGCAACAUGUGCCCUAGAAAGUGCUAGGGCUGCUUACCCAACCAUAGUAAAAGGGGACCCUGAAUUCGAUAUUCCAAAUUUAAGUCCAUUACAUUUUCCUGAACUAGAAGUAGAUGCUGGUGAAAACUUGGUAUUAAAAUUUAAUAAUUUAAUAGUUGAAGGCAUGGAACAUCUUGAUAUCAAAAAAGUUGAAUUUGAUUUAGAAAAUAAGAAAGCUUUUUUUGAAUGUUAUGGCAAAAUAUUAUACUUCCAAGGACACUACGAAGGCGGUGGAAAAGUUUAUGUUAUGACAUUGCAAGGAAGUGGAAACUCCAAUAUCACUUUUGUUGGAGGAACAUAUACCUAUAGUUUUGCAUGGGACAUUAAAAAUAUCAACGGCGAAGAUCACUUAGUCCUUAAAGAUCCAAAAAUGAAGUUUAAGCUUACAAGAGCACAUUUUGAUUUUGAGAAUUUAGAAGGAAAGGACCUUCAAGGAGAAAAGGUUAAUACACUAGAAGUUUUAAAUGAUAAUUGGGACAUGAUAAUAGAUGAGGUAGGAGACCAAAUUGCUAAUACAAUUGAAAAAGUUAUCACUGAAAUUAUUAGUGGAUAUUUUGAACAUAUUCCCGAAAGUGAAAUGUUUGCAUAGUGGAAACAAUGUAUCAUAAAUUAUGAUUUAUAAUACACAUUAUUACAUUAUUUAUAUUGUAAUUUUUUUGUUAAUCAUUAUAAUAAUCAUAUUUUUAUAAUUAUAAUCUUUUCCUAUGGUAUAAU